CACACUCUAGCUGAGUAGGGGGCGGUAAUGCCGGUUUGCCAACAGCCAAAAGAAGAAGAAGAAGAGAAAGAAGAAGAAGAAGAAGAAGACUACCCGACGGGAAAGACACUUUCUUAUUGACGCCUCACUCAAGCAGAUCUAAUUGUAUCCCAGGAUAUAAUGCCAGGAGGAAUUGACAGAGUGGUAAAGAAAUUAUAUGUAUUAAAAAUGCUGUGUUUGUUGACUUUGGUUGCGGUAGCAUUGCGGUUUCAUCAUCAGCUAGCCACGGCAGCGUUAACAGUAUCUAGCCGGUUUGUGUUAGCAACAGAGAUCAGGGGAAUGGGGGUGGGGUGGCUGCUUAGGAGUCUCAGCUGUAUAUUUUGAGCAGGACUUAUUUGAUAUGUUAGCAGUUUAAUUGACACGUACGGUGACAUAUGUGUAAGGGUUGCUGGUUAUUUUUUCACUGCGUAUAUUGUCAGCCGCUGCUGUCUGUUAGUUAGACAGUUUUCCCCCACAGGAGAAUUAUUAGAGAUGUCUUGACUAACAUUAUACCAGAGUGGGUCAGAUUCGAUUAGAUAAAUGUUCGAAAACUAUCCCUUCCCGUCAGCAGUUGUGGAAUAUAUUUUGGUCAUGAGGGGCAUUUCCAGACUUAAUUGAAGUAGUGUGUGAGUGACAGAGUUUCAGAACCAGAAUCAGAUAUAUUGUCCAUGUGAACACAUACGACGGAAUUGACUCAGAUAGACUUUGCUCCCAAUGUUUACACAUUAGCACGAAAUAUUACACCAAUGUACAAGCUUAAAUUUGACAUUGAGCUUUAAUAUACAACACAAUUUUGUGCAGUAGUACAAUGGUGAGGAGGGCAAAGAAAUGUCGAGUAACAGAAAAAUACACUCACCGGCCACUUUAUUAGGUACACCAUGCUAGUAACGGGUUGGACCCCCUUUUGCCUUCAGAACUGCCUCAAUUCUUCGUGGCAUAGAUUCAACAAGGUGCUGGAAGCAUUCCUCAGAGAGCUUGGUCCAUAUUGACAUGAUGGCAUCACACAGUUGCCGCAGAUUUGUCGGCUGCACAUCCAUGAUGCGAAUCUCCCGUUCCACCACAUCCCAAAGAUGCUCUAUUGGAUUGAGAUCUGGUGACUGUGGAGGCCAUUUGAGUACAGUGAACUCAUUGUCAUGUUCAAGAAACCAGUCUGAGAUGAUUCCAGCUUUAUGACAUGGCGCAUUAUCCUGCUGAAAGUAGCCAUCAGAAGUUGGGUACAUUGUGGUCAUAAAGGGAUGGACAUGGUCAGCAACAAUACUCAGGUAGGCUGUGGCGUUGCAACGAUGCUCAAUUGGUACCAAGGGGCCCAAAGAGUGCCAAGAAAAUAUUCCCCACACCAUGACACCACCACCACCAGCCUGAACCUUUGAUACAAGGCAGGAUGGAUCCAUGCUUUCAUGUUGUUGACGCCAAAUUCUGACCCUACCAUCCGAAUGUCGCAGCAGAAAUCGAGACUCAUCAGACCAGGCAACGUUUUUCCAAUCUUCUAUUGUCCAAUUUCGAUGAGCUUGUGCAAAUUGUAGCCUCAGUUUCUGUUCUUAGCUGAAAGGACUGGCACCCGGUGUGGUCUUCUGCUGCUGUAGCCCAUCUGCCUCAAAGUUCGACGUACUGUGCGUUCAGAGAUGCUCUUCUGCCUACCUUGGUUGUAACGGGUGGUUAUUUGAGUCACUGUUGCCUUUCUAUCAGCUCGAACCAGUCUGGCCAUUCUCCUCUGACCUCUGGCAUCAACAAGGCAUUUCCGCCCACAGAACUGCCGCUCACUGGAUAUUUUUUCUUUUUCGGACCAUUCUCUGUAAACCCUAGAGAUGGUUGUGCGUGAAAAUCCCAGUAGAUCAGCAGUUUCUGAAAUACUCAGACCAGCCCUUCUGGCACCAACAACCAUGCCACGUUCAAAGUCACUCAAAUCACCUUUCUUCCCCAUACUGAUGCUCGGUUUGAACUGCAGGAGAUUGUCUUGACCAUGUCUACAUGCCUAAAUGCACUAAGUUGCCGCCAUGUGAUUGGCUGAUUAGAAAUUAAGUGUUAACGAGCAGUUGGACAGGUGUACCUAAUAAAGUGGCCGGUGAGUGUAUAUACGUCAUAUAAAAUAUGGAUUGCGUACAUUUAUGGGUUAUGUAUGUUUGAUGUUUGAUUGCUCAGGUCCCUGACACAUCUGUAUUUGUAAGCACUGGAGACAAUUUGUCCCUCAGAUGCAGACAGUGAACAAAAACAGCCCAGUGCCCCGGCUGACUCUGCUGACCUUGAUCUAGAAUACCCCCACAAAUUCUAGUUCUGUCUUUGUAAACAUGGCACACACAAACACAAACACACACAUACAUGUUCUGCCACUACUUGUCCCACUAUCAAGGCCUGUCUUGUGAAUAAGACUUAAGUUUAAUGAUUUUAGAAAUAAUGAACAAGUCAAUCAAUGAUUGCAGCUUACAGAGCCAAAGGAUCCUGCCAGGAAAAGAAAUUCAAUCAUCAGCACAGGAUUCAUGCACAUACAUAAAUACAUUUAAAAACAUUUUCCACUGGGAAGUUUGAUAAAGUAAAAUACUGUAGGCUAGUGCACUACACCUUGUAAGUGAGGCUUACAAUAAGAAAACGGUUAUUGAUAAUUUAGCCUGCUAAACAAAAGGCAUUUAUUAAAAAAAAAAAUCAUGGUAUGAUUUAUUUACUUGAAUGCCUAAAUGAUUUAUUUUGACAUAAGACAGCUUUUCAAAAGAUGCUUCAGGCAAUGAAAAGUCACCCCUAGGAAGCCACUUUACAUGGGGUUCUGACGUUGACGUGACGUUGACGUGACGUUGACGAGCUAACCUAGUUACUGUUCUGAUAAAAGCAAUUUUUCUCUUAAGUCAAGGUUAUGUUUACGCCACGUGACUCUGCGCCAAAGAUGGUCGCAUUCUGGCUCUCUUCUCCAAACAACCAGAUCCUUCAACUCACUCAGGUACUAUAUGAUAUCCUGGCAAUAAUCACGUAUACAAUUGAAGCCAUAGUGAAAUUUUGUGACAUUAUGUGUGUCUUAUGACAUUGUGUGUCCUGCUUCUAGAGAGGGUACACGGAGAGGGUUGUGGUGGAAAACACUUAUCGGCAUCACUGUUGGUGUACCUGUGGCUGUGGUUGUCCAGUAUGCGGCGUCAGAUCCAAGAGCGAAGAGGAGGCUGAGGAUUGUGAUUGAAGGAUUUGGUCGCUUCAUCAGGUGUGUCCUUGUUGAUAGGUGUAGACUCUCUUACUGUGGCCCAAUCCCAAACCGCCCCCCUACACACUCGGCCUUCACUAUCGAGUGUCACUUGUAAUGACGUUACACUCACAGCUGUGGAGUGCGCCUCAAUUGAAAUGGGAGGGUGUAAACAAGACGAGCGGGUAUGGGACGCCCUCCUCACUCCACCGAAAAACGGAAAGAUCCAUCACCAUAGCAACACAAAGACGCAUCCUGUGCAAGGCAGCGUCUAUUUUUUUUUUUAAACGGGCAUCAUGUUCAGUUCUGAGCCGCUCCGGCUGCCUUGUUUCUUCAACCUCCCAGUAAAAUCUUAAAUCCAGGAACCAUCACAGUGACAGGAGCUAAACCAAACUACUGAUUGUUAGUGAUUCCACAGGUCUAUGCAGCCCUUUACUAUUUGACAUGUGCCUGACCAAUCAAAACAAAUGUCAGCACAGAAUACAACAAAAACAAAAGGUGGACACAUACUGAACUUAUAUUUAUUUGUUGUUUCCUCCUCCUCCAUUUUUGCCGGUGCACUACCUGCAAAUCCUGCCAUGAGUGAGCAUUGGUGCAGACUCACUAUUUGAGGGCUGAACAGUCCACUUGCCUUCCUCACUCUGUGGUUUGGGACGGCCUUCAAUAUGGCGGAGCCUCAGCAGGGACGCGCAAACGGAGGGAGAGUGUAUCGGGCGAGUGUUUAGGGGGCGGUUUGGGAUUGGGCCUCUGUGUUGGGGACUAGUUAGGAUUGCCUUGUAAAAUUCCUUUCAUGUAAUUUAACAAAGCAAUAUAUGAUUAUAAUUAUUAUAAGUCAUGUAAAUCAUAUAUCUGUGUGUUUUUAGAUCUCUCUCUGUGGGAAUCUUCAUCUCUGUGGAUUAUUGGUGGACCACAAAUGUAUGCCUUCGUGACCUAGAUGAGGUAAGUUUCAUCGUGUAAUGUAAAUAGGGUGUGAUUGGUUUUAUCAAUGACUGCAUCUUCCAUACUUCUGCAACUUGUCAAGGCUUUAAAUAAGCUCUUCAUCCCAUGAGUGAAGUUAGAGGUGGAAAGUAACCAAUUACAUACAGUACAGGCCAAAAGUUUGGACACACCUUCUCAUUCAGUGUCUUUUCUUUAUUUUUUAUAUGAAUAUUUACAUUGUAGAUUAUCACUGAAGGCAUCAAAACUAUGAAUGAACACAUGUAGAAUUUUGUACUUAUAAAAAAAGUGUGAAAUAACCAAAAACAUGUUUUAUAUUCUAGUUUCUUUAAAAUAGCCACCCUUUGCUCUUGAUGACAGAAGUACCUUGUCAGGGUUACUUCAGGCACUCCUGUGAAGUAAAAACCAUUUCAGGUGACUACCUCAUGAAGCUCAUUGAGAGAACAGCUUAAGUUUGCAGCGCUAUCAAAAAAGCAAAGGGUGGCUACUUGGAGAAAUCUAAAAUAUAAAACAUGUUUUCAGUUAUUUCACACUUUUUUCUUAAGCACAUGAUUCCACAUGUGUUCAUUCAUAGUUUUGAGAAUCUACAAUUUAAAUAGUAAUGAAAACAAAGAAAAUGCAUUGAAUGAGAAGGUGUGUCCAAACUUUUGGCCUGUACUGUAUAUAUUGCUGUGAUUGUAUACUUGUACCUUUUUGAGUUUUUUUUUAAUUUUUUUACUAUUACUGCUACCCAUGUAUUUUCUGCAGGGAGUAUUGUACUUCACUGUAUUCAAUAAAAGCAUGGGUUACUUUGUAAAAAAGCAAACAAGAUACAAGUUUCAAGUUUACAAGUUUCAACCAUUUUGACUGCGGGGUGAUGGACUGAUGUCUCCUGCAUGACAGUCAAAUGAACUAACAUAUAGCAGAAAAAGAAGCACAUGCAUUCUCACAGUCAAAUCAUAAUGAAAAGGUUCAGGGUCAAUAACUCAUUCCCUGAACACCACUUGUACAAUGCCACCACUGCCCAACCAUAGUAAUGUAGACAUUAAUUAAUAGAUACCAAAACACAUACAGUAUAUUCGUGGGCCAGGGGUAACAGAUGUAUUCUUUCCUAUGAUGCUGUAAGGAUGUCAUUACUGUAAAGGAAAUUGUAUCUGACUGCUGUUCUCCACUGCUAGGACAGUCCAUCCUACCUGGCUGAGAUGUCAGCUUGCCACCAGAGGGCAGCAGAGUGCAUGGUGGAUGGAGCCAUAAGGAAUGGAGGAAUAUACGUUAAACUUGGACAAGGUCUGUGCUCUUUCAACCACCUCUUACCUCCUGAAUACAUUCAUACCCUGCAAAUACUUGAGGACAAGGCCUUGAACACCAAAUACAAAGAGGUGAGCACUUAAACACAAACAAAGCUUCCGCAGUAGAGGACAACUUAACAUUUCUCAGGCUUGUGUUUGUCUUUUCGACAGGUGGAUGCUCUCUUUCUAGAAGAUUUCAGCAAAACCCCUGAGCAGCUUUUUAAAACAUUUGACUAUGAACCCAUCGCUGCUGCAAGUUUAGCCCAGGUUCAUAAGGCUGAACUGCUUGAUGGGACUCCUGUUGCUGUGAAGGUGAGCAUGUUUCUAAAACCAAGGUUAUGAAUAAAAAUGUGUCCUCUUUGCCUGUAUUUUGUUUUUAAUUUUUUGUUUUAGAUAAACAACCCUCACAGAGGGAGGUUUAUAUUACUUAGAUAUAAAAAGUAUACCACAUCACCUGUUUAAUGUCAUGUGUCUUCACCAACAUUUUGGGAGAAGGUUCAUUUUUCUUCACCCUUGUUAUGGUAACAAUAUUGAAAAUGGCAAUAAAAAUGAAUCAAAAAUUCAAAACUUUACUCUUUUUAGGCAGUUCGGACAUUCAUGAAGGGGUAUAGUCAAAGUUAACCUGCACAAUCCCUCAAUCCUAUCUUUUUGUUGAAUUCUACCCUUAAAGGUGCAGUACAUUGACCUCAGGGAUCGCUUUGAUGGUGACAUCAGAACACUGGAGAUCCUGCUGGAUAUUGUGAAGUUCAUGCACCCUAGCUUUGGAUUCCGAUGGGUUCUGAAGGUCAGAAGACUGGUGUAUGUGCUCAACCUGUUGUACAUGUUUAGGUGACAAAUGAAGUAGAUUUUUAUUCUACCUUCUGUAGGAUCUGAAAAUCACCUUGGCUCAAGAGCUGGACUUUGAAAAUGAGGCCAGGAAUUCUGAGAGGUGUGCAGAAGAGCUGAAGCACUUCCAUUUUGUUGUCGUACCUAAGGUUUUCUGGGAUCAAACUAGUAAGGUGAGAUUCUGUUGAAAGCACUAAAUAAUUGGACUCCAAAAAUUCCAUUUGCUAAAACUUUUAUUUAUCAUUUCCCUCCGGUUCAAAGAGAGUGUUGACAGCAGAGUUUUGUCAUGGUUGCAAAAUCAACAAUGUGGAAGAGAUUAAAAGACAAGGAUUAAGUUUAAAAGAUGUAAGUUAAUGCACUUUGCACAACAGAAAUUAUUCGGAAUGGAGUACAAUCGUGAAGAUGCUGUGUAAAAUAUCUCUUCAAUCUUUUCUUUUUAGACUUCAGACAAACUGAUCCGGACAUUUGCUGAGCAGAUAUUCUACACUGGUUUCAUUCAUGCUGACCCUCAUCCUGGGAAUGGUUGGUACAUUAAUGUGUGUGCUUGUGCACAGUAUGUACCAAAAUAGGAUUAAAGCCUAAAACACACGGGAUCCGUGUUGAGCGCAUUCCGUCAGCGCCGCAUCUCUGCUCCAUUGGGCAGAGCUCUUCAUCGCCCACAGGGAUGCAUGUUUGGAGCAUGGCAGCACAGUAGUGCAGCCCUCGGGCCUAUUGCACAAAACUAGGAUACGGGAUUAAGUUGGAAAAUCUUGCUUAUUCUGGCUAAAUUUAUCCAUUAUCUGGUUGCACAAAAGCAGGAUAGGGGAAAGCAGGAUAUGUUGUGGUUAAAGUUACCAAGGAGAUUUAUCCUGUGGAGCUAGCCUGCUCCUGACGAGGCCAAGUUCCAGGAUUCAUUUACUCUCAUCCCUUAUCUCAGUCAGCAGUCACCACAAAUGGAAACCAGUAGUUAUUCCACUGUCAUUAUCUCAAUAUUUGUGAUAUAAAUUUCAGUAAUUUUAGCUGAAUGAUUAUUUUAGAUGAUUUUGCAAUCAUAAGAUAAUUUACAGUUUCCCAUAGACUAUACGUGCCAUAGAAACAGAAAUACACAUCCACAAGAGUAACAUGAAGUUCCUUUAUGAAUAAGGAUAAAUCAAAGCGAGAAAACCAUCAGCUCCUUUAAGUGAGGUCUCACAGUGACUCUAUAAAGAUAGAAAGCACAGAAUCAAAGCAUAUUUUACAACAUAAGAAUAAAUACACAUUCCUGCAAGCGUGUACGAAUAAGAAUAACUAUUUUUCCCCGAAGGGAAAUUCAACUAUCUGUAGUCUCAUGUGUCAAAAAGUUAUCUACUAUUUACAGAAGAAUUACAAAGUCUGAUAGCUGUUGGUACAAAAGACCUUUUGAAUCUUUCUGUCCUGCAGCAAAGAGAGAGGAGUCGUCCACCACCAUUUGCCCUUUGGUCCAUUAAGGUGUUGUGAAGUGAUCCAUGUUCUUUAGAAUAGUCUCCACCUUCCUCAGUGUAGAUCUCUCCACCACAUCCUCCACUGAGUCCAGCUUGAAUCCAACCACAGAGCCAGCCUUUUUCACCAGUUUGUUAAGACGUCUUGCAUCUUUGUGUUGGAUGUUUUCUCCCCAGCAGACUGUAGUGUAGAACAGAACACUGUAGACACUGCAGACUGAUAAAACAUCUGCAGCAUCUUACUACAGAUGUCUAUUGAUUAGAGUCUUCUCAGGCAAAAGAGGUGGCUCCGCCCCUUUUUGUAGUUAUAGUCUAUGUUUAGUUUAGUUUAGUUUAGUUUAGUUUAUUUGAUCAUCAUCACAGUGUCAAAUACAGUUCUUAGACUAAUCCAUCUUAUUAUCCAGAUGUACACCUAGGUAUUUAUUUGAUGUCACCACUUUGAUGUCCACUCCACAGGUGUUCACUGGCUGAAGAGAGGGUUUGGAUCUGCAGAAGUCUAUGACCAUCUCCUUUGUUUUUGAGGUGUUGAGGAGGAGGCAGUUUUUGUGACUCCAGUCACUGAAGGCUCUUAUCAGUUCUCUGUAUUCAGCUUCUUGUUCAUUUCUGAUACAUGCCACAAUAGCGGUGUCUUCUGAGUAUUUCUGGAUGUGGCAGGACUCAGUGCUGUAUUUGAAGUCUGACGUGUACAGUAUGAACAGGAAUGGCUCCAGCACUGUCCCUUGUGGAGCCCCUGUACUGCUCAUUAAUGUCCCAGAAAUACAGUUCCCAACCUGACAAACUGUGGCCUUCCUGUCAGGUAAUCUGUGAUCCAGGAAACACAGCAAGGAUCCACUCCCAUCUCUGUAAGCCAGUGUUAUUUUCGUUGCCGAUAACAUUGCCAAAAAUAUUUCGUCAACAAAAACAACACUGGUUGUUUUCGUUGACAAAAAUAUUUCAUCAACGCCCCUUUUUUUCCACAACGAAGAUGUGACGUUGACGAGCUAAACUUAAGUCUUAGAUGACUAAACCUUCGGACAGAGUUAGCAGCUAAAAGUCCUGUUGGGGUCCACAUGGAUCAGGGAUUGGCCAUUGGAUUGUUCUGUGUUCCUGAUCAAUCCAUAACCAGGAAGUAUUUCUCAUAUACACGAAUUGAUUAACAGUCAGGGAGUCCGCACAUGGUGUUUUAUUUUGGAAAUUUACCGGAUGGCAUGUGCGGUUUCUGUGCUUGACAUCCUGUCUUGGAUGAUCUUCUCUGUGGAGAUCGACGCGUGUUGGAAGCAGGGAGCUGUGAAAAUAGACUCGGUGCGUAUCUUUAGCAGAGCAGUGAUCAACACGCUUCUGAGACAGAGCUGAGACACUUCCUGUGUAAUUUGCAGCAUUGAUAAGAACUGGUACCUAUUUGCUCCGUGACACCUGACGCUGAUAGAACGCGCUCAACCUGGAUCCUGUGGCCUUUAGGCUUAACCAUACUUGUACUAAGCAUCGAGGGCAUUAUGAGAUAUCAUUUGCCUAACAUCUUUAUGAUUGUGGGCUUUUGGUAUAAACAGGUUUCCCAUGCAGAAUGGGCAACAGUAACUUCAUUUAAGUAGAUCGAAAAUUAUCUGUUUUUCCACUCAAGUGUCUUUUGAGGUACAGAACUCAAAUUUCAGAAAACAACACUGUUUAGAAAAAGUAAGUUUGCUCAUUGUUUUCAUUGUUGCCAAAAUCAAGACUAAUUUAGUUUCAAGGAAGAUGAGAUGAUAUUUUACACUUCUUCUAGAGUGAUAUGCAAGUAACAUAGCUUUGCAGUUAAACACAAGCCAUAUAGAGAGGCCAUUGUGUUAAUCUCAGCGGUCCCGAAGUAAGAUCUAAAUUAAACUACAAAUAACAGAAUGAUCAGAUAUUUUAAAUAUUAUACGUUUUUCACAGGAACUUUAAGUGAUGUCACAUAUGGUCUGUGAUAUUUCCAAAGAAUCAAAUAGAGAAUAAAUCAGAGUCUCUGAAGUGCACAGGGAAAUUAAAAAAGUGUAAGAAACCUGUGGAAGCACCAUACUGCUCAAAAGUACAGCCUAACAGAGAUACUUUCAGGGAAGUGAACCUAUGAUGUUAAAGGAAGGUGUCAAUAUGAUCUUCAUAAUGUUGAUAACUGCAGCGGAUUUCCAUGGCACUCAAAACUUGAGGUCAUAAGAAGGGUUCGAGAGUAAUUACACGUAGUUUGCACACUUUUACCAUAUAUUUUUCAUAUUUGCAGUUCUUGUGAGACCAGGUCCUGAUAAGAAGGCAGAGUUGGUGCUCUUGGACCACGGCUUGUAUGAAUACCUCAGUCAACAGUAAGAUUGAGCAGUCUGUUCAACAAAACCUCUGAAAGAACUCUGCAAUCAGCUGUAACUGUGACCUUUUCCCUUAGUGACAGAGUUGCCCUUUGUAAACUGUGGAGGUCCAUAGUCCUGAGAGAUGAGCCUGCAAUGCAGAAGUACUCCGAUGCACUUGGUGUCAAAGGUAAAUGAUUUUGGUUGUUGUGUAACAAUAAAUGCUGAAUACCCCCUAUCUAUCACAAGGUGUUAUAAAUUACACGUGUAAACUGGAUCAUAUUUCUUUUUCUUGUGUGUCAAGCAUAAUCUCUAUGUCUUAUCUUCAGAAUAUUUACUCUUCUCUGAGAUGCUGCUGCAACGACCCAUUAACAUGCGAGAGCUUGGUCUUUCUAACAUCCUCAGUCGUGAGGAGACGGCUUACAUGCGUGAAAUGGCCACACAGCGCUUUGAAAGCAUCAUGCAGGUGUUGAAGGCAAUGCCACGGCCUAUGCUACUCGUCUUCAGAAACAUCAACACAGUCCGAAGCAUUAAUAUUACCCUGGGAGCACCUGUGGAUCGCUACUUUGUUAUGGCCAAGAGGUUAGUUAGUUUUUAAGUUACCUCCUAAUGCCUGAUCAUAGAGAGCUGUUUCUUGCCUGCAUGUUGACAUUUUUACUUCUGUAACUGUUGACUAGUCACAAUUAUAAAGUGAGCUGCUCUCAUUCAGUGCGGUGCGAGGUUGGGGGAAAAUGCAGACAGAGAGGACCAGGAUGCUGACAAGACUCUGGAUUUUCAGCUGGAUCAGGUCAACAUGGGAAGGCUUGAAGUUUGAGCUGGCUUUAAGGUAAAAGUUAUUGUAAACCUCUCUCUAUUAGUUACUCCUCGGCAUCCAGUGCUUCAUAAAAAGUUAUUUGGGUUACUGUCUGUCUUUAUUAUGUGUUCUCUAAAUUUUCCCAAAUAAACUCACUUAGCAACGUCUUGUACUUGCUUAACAUUUGUACAACUCCUGUACUGAACCUAAAAAUAUAUUGUAGGUAGAUAUAAACCCAGUUCCAUAAGAGUUAGGGUAUAAAUGCUGUAUAAAUACUUUAUAAAACAGAUGUUGAUGGGUUGCAAAGAGUGCAAGAAAAAUAUGGUCUGAAAUUUGUGCCGCUAGAAACUGAAAUUGAAUAGUUGUAUUUCAUUUGAAAAUCACAAUUUGAAAUUGAAAUUAAUAUUUUGAGAGUAAAUUUAAUUGAUUUAAAAUAGAAUUUAACCUAUUUGAAAAUAAAACCCUCUCUUUUCCUUAAAUUAGAAAAACAAAAAUUCAGUUUCAGGUCGCACAUUCAGAUUAAGUUUUACAAUUUAAUUUUGGUUCAGUGUGCCAUAGCCAUUACGUCAUCUACAUCCAAGAGGAAGAGUAAUCAAGCAUACAGAACCCGAUUCCAUUGAAGUUGGGAAAUUGUGAUAAACGUACGUAAAAUCAGAAUACAGUGAUUUGCAAAUCCUUUUCAACCUAUGCUCGAUUGGAUACACUACGAACACAAGAUAUUUAAUGUUCAAACUCAUAAACUUUAUUAAUUGUUGAGGCUUUGAAGGUGGAAUUCUUUCCCAUAUUUGCUUGAUGUACAGCUUCAGUUGGAGGCAGACUGCGUCCAUUCUAUAUACAGUCUAUGAUUAAAAUGCAGACACAAGUUUCCUGAGUUUGUGAAGGUGUAAACCUAACUGAUGUAAGCUCUGGUUUUGAAAUAUUGACAACUCUUUUACAGAUGGGAGAUGGCAGCGAUGAGUCUAACCCGUUGGUUCCUGAGCACGCUGUCAUUCCUUGGUUUAACGUCUUUGGAUGCAGAAAUAUUAGAGUAUCUGAGAUAGUUUACGGUUUUCUUACAAAGGUCAGGGAAGAAAGAACUAUUUUAAGCCUGUUAAUACAGUCCCACAGCUUUUGACUACUGCAGCAACACAGAGAGCUGCAGAUUCUAGUUCUGUUCCAGUGUUGGCGCUCUAUACCAAAUCAUUUUGUUUUCUCGUGGUGGACUUUACUGCAUAAGUGAGACAGUUUUGAGCUGCGGGACUUUUACAGCACCAAACCCACCCCAGCAGCUCAAAACUGAACACCUUGUUGUAUUUUUUUUUCUUCAUUAAAUUAAUGAUUUUAUAUAUUUUGAUAUUUUAAUGGCUGUUUUUUAAAGUGCUAUCCUACUACGACUGGUUUUGAAUGUUUUUUUUUUUUAAUGAUUUUAAGCUGAAGUUUCUGUUCAGGGUUCAGGAAAAUGUAUCGUAUACAUUUUGUCUGUAGUAGCUGCAGCAUCUCCAGCAAUACUUUAAACUGAGUCUCAGUGUUUGAGUUAUACCAAAUAAAAUGUAAGAACACUGUAAAGCUGCAUCCCUCCUGGGGCUAACAAUGAAAAUUUUCAGUGUUACAUCUCACAGUGGGUUGCCUUUGAACAAUGUAUUUCAGUGCUUCAAGGAAAAGAAACAAAACUUUUAUGGUGGCAAUAAAUAAAUGUCAAAAUAAGCAUACAUUUUUGUUUUAGUUUAGUGUCAGUAAUUGGUACAACAGUUAACAUUAAGUCCAGCAACAAGAAAAGAAAAGCUAGACUUAUCCAAUGUUGUUAUAGCAAUCUCAUGAUAUCAAUAAAAUGUUUUACAUUCUUUUCAUAAAACGGCUGUCCUCAAUAACACACAAGGCUUUUGUCAAUCACUUUCACUGUUUUUUUAUUUUGUACAAAUUUGUCUGAAGGAAAUGUCAUUUUUUUGUUUGGUGUAUGAACUAAAAAACAAAUACAGUUUGCAAAAACAUAGCAAAACAUCUUUCUCCAGUCCGUAUAAAACGACUUCCGGUUGACAGUGCUCGGAAAUGUGCCUCUCAGAAAUGAGCUGUGACUCUGUCGAUCUCCAAAAGGUCAUCCAGGAUCUACAGAUGAAUAGAAGAUCAGAUAAAAGGCAAAUCUGACAGAAAAAAAAAAACAUUCAGUCUCUGCACUUACUAUGUCCUGAGUGGUACCAAUCUUUUUAGCCAGCUCACUGCGCUCCAUUGUGCUCAGGUACAAGUACUUGUUGAGGAGUUCUCCAUCCAGGAUGUUUCUCACUGCAUUCUGCAAGCUCCGUCUGUCACUAUGCAGCAUCCUGGAAACGGUAUAUAAACUGGUUAGGGAUACCAAACUGCAGAAACUACACCUGACACUAACUUGCCUCUUAGGACUAGAAAUAAAAGCUCACAUGAUAUGUUCAUUUAGAUAACAGGCAACAAUACAGGUUAAUACAGUGUGUUCCAAUGUAUAAACAAUACUAUGUGGUAGAUGGAGGCAAACCUGAAGGCCUUGGGGUUUAGACCAGCGUGAUGAGGCAGCAUUGAGCUCAGAGCAUUCUGCAACAUGAGAAGACGGCGAUAAGUCUUCUCCUGCAUGGGAAGGAGCAUGCCGAUUCCUCCAUCUAGAGUUGCUGUUGAAACAGAUUAUGAACAGGCUUUUUUUUCCUCCUUUGCAUCAAUGUGAAUUCAUCUAUUAUCUGACAACAGACAUCCUUUCCUAAAUACAUGUUCAAUGAAUAAUAAUCUUUUGUAUGUUUAUAAAAACUUCCUAUAAGCUCUUAGUGAAAUUGAUAUGAGUUGUUAGGAAAGGUACUUGUUUAGUUUCUAAACUAGGUCGGGACAGCUCACAAUACGAAGUGUCCUAAUUUUUAAAGAUCUGUGGUUGCAGCGAGCUGUUUUUAUCUUCAGUGAGAAGACUGCAGCAUGCAGUUUUUGAGCCUGGCUGUGCUAGCAGGUAGUAAAAUAGUUAAAUCAACUGUUUGGAUGAAAUAUGUUUAUGAAGGAUCUGGCAGGACAUGAAUGCACUUUGAUGACCCUUUUAAUACAUAAACUGAAAUUCUUUUAGAAAAUUUGGGUACCUAAAGGUUCUGAAACUUUCAGGAAUUUUCACUUGACACAUGGACCUCACAGCAGGGGAUAAUUCAGGUCAGACACACUCACACAGUUUGAUCUACUCCAUUUGAAUGGAUGGCAGGGGAGCAAGUAUAUGACGCGUGCAAGAGCAACAGGGAGAAAAUUCUUCCAUAAUGGUGACUGCUGGGUUUAUA